AUGCCUGACUUUGGUAUGUUCCAGUUAUGUGGCAGUUAUUCAUUCCUGCUCGGGCUGUGUCUUUACAAUCAUGGUGCCAUGCGAUGUCGAAAUAAGCUGCAGUGCACCGUUUCGGAAUGUGGAGCAAAGCACCACCCCUUGCUGCAUCGCGUAGAAAAGGCAUCAGAAACGAGCUGCAUGCUGCACCAUAGGAUAUUGAAGUCGUCGGUUAUAUUUCGAGUAGUACCAGUGAUCUUGGUUAACGGGUCCAAGCAAUUCCGAACAUAUGCGUUCUUCGACGAGGGUUCAUCCAGAACAUUGUUGGAAAAAGGGGUGGCUACCAAGUUGGGUCUGAAAGGUGCGAUUAGGCCACUGAAUCUGACAUGGACGUCUGGCGUGACUAGGACCGAGAAAUCAUCGAUGUCGGUGAAAUUGGCUAUAUCCGGCAAGGACGAGGUCGAACAGUAUCCGCUAAAUGAAGUACAUACCGUGGAUCGACUAAAUCUGCCGCAGCAGACCGUGGACUUCGACAAACUAGUGGAGAAGUUUUCACAUCUACGGGGAAUUGACAUUGGGAAUCAGGAAAGUGCCCAGCCGACUAUCCUAAUCGGACUGGAUAAUAUGGAUCUGAUGGCGCCGAUCGAAUCGAGAAUCGGCAAUGAAGGUGAACCUAUCGGCCUGCGGUGUAAACUCGGAUGGACGAUCUGUGGCCCGAGUAGAGUGACUACAGGAGAAGACUACUGCGGUGUUCACCAGUGCGACGUAGAAAUGGAUCAAGUUUUGAAGAAUUAUUUUUCCAUGGAGGAGGCCGGCGUCAACUGCCCCUACCGAGUAGAAUCCGCUGAAGAUCGUCGGGCACGUAGGAUUUUGGAACAAACUACCGUGAGAAUUGGUCAAAGUUUCGAGACGGGUCAGCUCUGGAGAAUGGAUGACGUUAGCAUGCCCGAUAGUUACCCGAUGGCAUACAAGCGAUUACAGAGUUUGGAGAAGCGUUUUGCGAAAGAGCCAGGUUUGCAGGACAGGGUCAAUACCGUUAUUGAGGAGUUCGUCAGAAAAGGCUACGCGCACAAGGCGUCCCCUGAGGAAUUAGCAGACACUGAACCGGGUAAAAUGUGGUACCUACCACCAAACGUGGUGAUGAACCCCAAAAAACCUGGAAAGAUUCGUUUAACACUGGAUGCGGCAGCGAAAGCAGGAGGCAUCUCCUUAAACGAUAUGCUAAUCAAAGGACCGGAUAUGCUCGUUUCUUUACCAGUGAUUCUCAACCACUUUCGUGCACGGAAGAUUGGUAUAGGAGGCGACAUAAGGGAAAUGUUCCUGCAAAUUCGGAUGCGUGAGCAGGACAAACAGUUCCAGCGGUUUUUAUUUCGACGUGAGAGGAACUGCGUCCCUGACGUUUACAUCAUGGAUGCCGUUAUAUUCGGAGCUAAAUGUUCACCCUGUAAUGCACAUUUCACGAAAGAUACCAACGCUCUAGAACACGCGAGUCGCUUCCCAGCCGCUGCAGACGCCAUAAUCAAUCGACACUAUGUCGAUGAUUAUUUUGAUAGCGCAGAUGACGAAGACGAGGCGACGAAACGGGCUCUAGAAGUACGUCAUGUCCAUUCAUUGGGAGGAUUCGAAAUCCGAAAUUGGCUGAGCAACUCACCUAAAGUGCUGGAAGCCCUCGGAGAUCAUGAGGGAGUAACCAAGACUCUCUACUACGACAAGGCUGUGGGAUCCGAGAGAGUGCUAGGUCUGCUCUGGAGACCCGAUGAAGACGUCUUCUCAUUCAACACGAAAUUGAUGACAAAUCUGGAUCCGUAUCUCAUCGACGGAGUACGACCAACAAAGCGUAUCCUAUUGAAGUGCGUAAUGAGUUUCUUCGAUCCCAUUGGAUUUUUGUCGCCCCUGCUGAUCCACGGGAAAAUUAUUAUUCAAGAGACUUGGAGGAGCAACACCGAAUGGGAUCAGCCCGUUACUGAUGAGAUCUUCAGAAGAUGGUUAGACUGGACCAAAAUAUUGCCGAGCGUCGAGUCGGUCAAAAUCCCACGCUGUUUUUUCGGAAACGAAUCUAUUGGCAACGUCAGCGAUAUACAACUGCAUAUUUUCUCGGACGCAGGUGAGGAUGCCUACGGUUGUGUAGCGUACCUUCGGUGCACAGUAGGAGCUGAUGUUCGGUGCUCUUUAAUAAGAUCUAAGUCUAAAGUGGCGCCGCUACAGUUAACAUCAACACCUCGAUUAGAACUACAGGCAGCUGUCAUUGGAGCCCGAAUGCUGAACACCCUAUGCUCAUCGUUGUGCGUGCCGAUCCAACAGCGCUUUCUGUGGGUUGACUCCAUGACCGUUUUAUCGUGGAUAAGAUCCGACAGCCGGAAGUACAAGCCAUACGUAGCACACCGUGUUGCAGAGAUCCUACACACAACGAACGUAGCGGACUGGAGGUACGUCCCGUCUAAGAAAAACGUAGCGGAUGACUUGACCAAGUGGGGCGACGGUACAACGUUGGACGCAAAGUGUAGGUGGUUUAAAGGUCCAUCAUUUUUGUCCGACGCAGUGGAGUCGUGGCCUGAACAACCAGGAACCAAACCCUUAGUCCCCGAAGAACUCCGAACCUGUUAUCUCCUACAUCAUAUCGUGUUGCCUGAGCCAAUCAUAGAUGUGACUCGAAUUUCCAGGUGGGCAGUGUUACUCCGUACGGUGGCUUUGGUUUUCCGGUUUAUCUCCAACUGCAGACGAAAGGUGAAGAAGUUACCAAUUGAAGCGACUGGAAGAGUUGAAGGAAGAUCUUCGACGAUUCCAGCAGUGUGGGUGGCGAUUCAACAGGAAGAACUGGAUAAAGCUCAACGUGUUCUGUGGCGUAUGGCUCAAUCGGAUUCGUUUGCGGACGAAAUGAAAGUAUUGUUGAAGAACAAAGAACUUCCACCGGGUGAAUGGAUACGCAUCGAAAGAUCUAGUCGUUUGUUCAAGACUUCACCGUUCAUAGACCAGGAUGGAGUGGUGAGAAUGGAAGGUAGAACGGCGGCGGCUGAGUUUGCUGCAAUCAGCACGCGAUUUCCAGUGAUAUUGCCAAGAUAA